ACGCAGCUCGUAUAAAAUUUUUGCAGACUUUCGUUGUUUGUUGCGAAAACUGAAGUGAAAAGUGAUUAUUCCGUAAUCGGCAGAAAAUGUCAUAAUUUUAUGUUCUUUUUGUUGUAAUAAAUUGUGCAGUUUUGUUUUCGCCAAUUAAUUCGGAUACAGCUGAAUUCAGUGUUCACAAAUACACCUUCUGCAAGUGGACAACCUCCAUGGAAAAUCUCUGCUCGUUGUGUUCUUUAUCAGCGUAAUUAUUUUUGUUCAUCAUUUUCCUGUUGCUGUGAAGAUUCGUUUUUUAAAUGAUAUUGGUAAGUGAAGGUGAUGCUUUGUCAGAAGAACCAGAAAGCUGGACUUUGAAAAUAUGAAAAAUAAUGUAUUUACGAACUUAUAAAUGCCUGUAUUCUCGAUAGUUGAUCUACACGAUAGUUCUCUUCGGCCUACAAUUUUGUUGUUUAUUUUUCGUCAAAACAUGAACCGAAUUUACGCAUUGAACUUUUUAAAGACUACUAAACGUAACUGUUGUGUGUACAAAUUUGUUGAAAAUUCACGUGAAAUAGGUAUAACGUAAACGAUGUUUUUUUUUUGAAUAAUUUGUGCCGUCUCCCUGUACCUACUCAAUGGAAUGGACUUCAUUUCACUGCCCAUCGUGUUUAUGGUGGAUCGUGGUGUUUCACCAAUUAUUUUUUUAAUAUAUAAUUGCUGAAAUGACGUCGGUGUUAUAUGUUAUUGAUAAAUUUCCUCGAAUACUCUGAAUGGUGAGUAUGUGUUUGUUAUUCGACCUCAGUAACUUACUUGGAAAAGCUACCAACAUCAGUUUGAGCUCUAAUUAUGGUUACAUAUAAAUAACGAAUUGCUUUCAAAUGUUCUUUUCUCAAGAUAGAUAGUUGAUCUCGUGGAAAGUAAGUUCAUACGUAGGUAAAUAAACUGGUAACUUUCAAGUUUUUUUGCGUAUUAAUACACAUUUUAUGUAUAUCGGUGUUCGGUUAUAUUCGUUUCCGAUCAGAUACUGUAAUUGUUUGCUUUUGUGUGAUAGUAAAAGCGCAGUGAUUGAACGCUUCAUCAGGUUACUGAUAAAACACCAUGAUGGACGAAGAAAAUCAAACGCCGCUCUUGACGGAGAUCAAACAAGAAAAAGAAGAUGAUUCUGAAGAAGUCACCGCCGAUCACGAAGAUUUACGCAGUAUCGAUCGUUCUUUUGAUAACGACUUAGAUGAGGUGUCUUCUAUGAAGAAUGAGAACGAAUCUAUUGAUAAGGAUAUGUCAGAAAAUGCAAAAUCGGACGAUGACAUGCAAGGGUACGAUACCAGAAGUGAAGUGGGCUCUACGUUGACCAGUGAUUCGGAAAGUGGCGACGACGCUUGUAGUUCCAAAUCAUUCGACGUGAAACGUAAAAGACACGAUAAAACCGUUUCAUCUCAAGUGAAUUCGUUUCAAGAAAAACACAGAAAACCCGAUUCGAUCUCUCCGCUGAAAAGGAAUUCCAGCGAAUAUAUCGGCAAAUUGAAUUAUUUGUUUCGCGACGCUCGAUUUUUCAUAAUCAAGAGUAGCAACGCUGAGAACAUCGCGCUAUCCAAAGUCAAAGGAGUUUGGGCGACUUUACCUCAAAAUCAGGUGAAACUUUCCGAAGCUUUUCGCAGCUCCGAAAACGUGAUAUUGAUAUUUUCUGCCAAAGAGAGUGGAAAAUUUUCCGGAUUUGCUAGAUUAGCGACCGGUGUAGAUCGCAGUAUUUCUCCGGUGCCUUGGAUUGUACCGGCAGAACUGACUCCUAACUUAUUAAAAGGUACUUUUCGCAUCGAUUGGAUUUGUCGAAACGAUUUACCCUUCAGUUUUACGACUACGUUGUAUAAUCCGUGGAAUUGCAAUAAACCUGUGAAAAUCGCUCGCGAUGGUCAAGAAGUCGAGCCUCGAGUUGGUGAAAAGCUGUGUCGUUUGUUUCCCAAAGACGACGAUAUCGACCUGGCGCCUAUUCUGAGGAAAUCCAAAGACGAGGCGAAAAAUAAACGUGGAUCGGAUUCUAUCAAAUCGAUAUAUACGUCUAAGGUUCGAUCGAAGAUGUUACAAAAUCAUAAAUUUCUACGCGAUAAAAAAGGCAUGUUGCAUCGUACUCGAGACGAUAAUCGUAUUAUCAAACAUUACAAAACCAGACCAAUAACCAUACCUAAAAACUUCCACGAUAUGCAGAACAAAGCGCCAUUACGUGGUAGAGUGAUGACCUCGAUCGAGUCUUAUGUAAAACGAUUCAAUCAUUCUUUAAGACCUCCGCUACCGGUACCUUUUCUACCUCCGCCUCAUCCCUCCUCAGACAUGUUUUCGUCACCGUUUGCUCAUCUGCCGUUACCUCAACCUCCAGUGAUGCCUCGUUAUUACGAUCCUCUUCCAGCUUUCUCGCAUUUCCCUAAAUUAACGCCGAUGCCGCCUAACAAACAUAUGUACGAUCGAUCGGUCGAAGAAUUCUUAUUCAAAACCAGAGAUAAGAAUUUUCACCCUAUGAAGAAAGAAAAUCGCACAAAACGUAGAGAAAACGAUGGAAGAGGAAAACGCGCUCAUUAUCACGAUAAAUAUAGAAAUUCGAAAUAGAUCUUGUACACUAUCGACGCAUGAGUUACGUAUGCUGUGUUAUGUUAUUGUAUCAACAGAAGUGAAAAUUCCAUUAAGGCUGAAUUAGUCGGGUUAGGUACGCACAAAUGUAUAUUUGCAAGUGUCCAAUAUACCAAAGAUUGUUUAAUACAAGUGGAAUCGUUUUUACAAAGUUGAUUUUCUUUUUUUUUUAGAUAUUGUACUAUGUAUUUAAAUGACAAUUUUUUUCUAUCUAUCUUGCAUAUUAUAGUGUUUAUUCUAUUAUUUCUAGUUUGUCGAAUAUCAUCCGACUGCGUGUUUGUAAUUUGAACGCAUUUGUACUUAAACAUUUAUUUAUCCGAAAGAAUACGAACCGCUGUCAAUGUACCGUUUAAGUAUCAUUCAGUAAUCGAAUUGAUCUCCCAUUCCUUUUGAGGCAUAUUUUCAAUUGUAUUUCACCUAGUUUUUUUUUCUCGCCCGUAUCUUAUAUCGUUUAUUAUAUUGUGUAAUGAGCAAAUAUUAUUGAUAGAAAUGUAAGAAGUUUAUCUCAUUUGAUCGUUUUAAGGGAAGAGAUUUACUGUUUCAUUUCUCACAUUAUGAGUUAUCUUUAAUUUCGAUCUCAUCUCGUUAAGUUCAAAGUGGAAUGUUUUUUUUUUUUUUUUUUUUUGAUUUUUUUGUACAUAGGUUUACAAAUUUGUGCUGUAGAAUAAAGUUUCUUAUUGCAAUUGUU